GGGGGAUGAAACUUGGAAGAGGCUGCACAAAAGUUGAUUUAUACCUUUGACAUUUUUUUUUAUUCUAUUUUACUUCUCUUUUCUCUUUUUUUUAUUUUUAUUUUUUUUUAACUGUGGUGAAUUCUAAAUGUCAACAUCAUUCCAUUCUACAGAAAAUAAUACUUCAAACAUACGAUCAGUGAAUGCUUCUGUUGAUGCUGAACCUAUUUCUUCUCGAUAUUGUUCUCCUGAACGGUGUGGUGAAGGGUCUUAUGGACUUGUUAUGCGUGUCUGGGAUAAAAAAACUGAAAGUUUUGUAGCUAUCAAAAAGUUUACUUAUAGAAAAAAUGGUAUAUCAUCUUCUACCUUACGUGAAAUAGCUCUAUUGCGAGAACUCAAUCAUCAAAAUAUUAUCAGACUGCAAAAUGUGAUUAUGAACGAAACAGAUAUAUAUAUGGUGAUGGAUUAUUAUGAUUCGGAUCUGAAAGAUUAUAUGCGUUCGACAGGAAGAUCAGGAAUGACACCUCAACACGUCAAAAGCUUUCUGUAUCAAAUUCUCGAUGGCUUACAAUACCUUCAUUCGCAUAGAAUUAUCCACAGAGAUUUGAAACCCGAAAAUCUAUUGAUCAAUCGCCUUGGAAUGCUUUGCAUUACAGACUUUGGACUCUCGAAACCUUUUAUAAUACCUUACAUUGGUCGUACUCCUCGACCGAUGACGUUAUCCUACCGUGCACCUGAAGUAUUAUUAUCUGAUAUUGGUUACAGUCUUGAUAUCGACAUGUGGAGCGUUGGAUGCAUAUUUGGUGAAAUGAUGACAUUGGAACGUCUUUUUAAUGCAUCGUCAGAAAUAGGACAAAUUCUUGGUAUAUUCUUAUUCUUAGGUACUCCUGAUGAAUCGUCUUGGCCAGGUUUUACAAUGUUACCUAACUAUAGUCCCCAUUUUCCAAAAUGGGAGUCAGGAGGUUUAGAUUUUCAUAUGCAGGCGCACACAACUGGUGAUUUCUGGACAGAGCUUUCUUCCAACUUACUUCGGUCUUUACUCAGCUACCCUUGCAAUGGACGCAUUUCUGCUAAAGAGGCCUUGAACCAUCCUUACUUUUAUGAUGAUCCUGAUAUUUUGGACUUUUGCCCUUAG